UAACUGUGCUGUAAGUUUCAUUAUGACGUCGGGUGACGAUCCCGAAGGGGGGUGUCUACUCUUAUAAAAAUUAAAUAAAUACUGGUGAAAACUAGUGUCUAGGAACCGGGCACAAACCAAAGCCGAAAGAUGGAUAUGCGGAGAUCAGAAGGGAUACCCCUGAGCGCAGUCAACCCCAAGUUUCUCCACUCAAACUCGACCAGCCACACCUGGCCGUUCAGCGCCGUCGCGGAGUUGAUCGACAAUGCAUACGACCCAGAUGUCAUGGCCAAGCAGUGCUGGAUUGACUGGACUCGGAUAAAGAAGUUUGACUGCCUUACAUUUCAGGACAAUGGGAGCGGUAUGACCAAGAGCAAGAUGUAUGAGAUGCUGAGUUUCGGGUUCAGCGAUAAGAAAGCCGUCAGAGGCCACGACCCAGUGGGCACGUAUGGAAACGGCUUCAAGUCCAGCUCUAUGCAUCUGGGGAAGGACGCCAUCGUCUUCUCCAAGAUAGGAGACACUAUGAGUGUGGGGCUGCUGUCCCAGAGCUACCUGGAGAGCAUCCAGGCUAAGCAUGUGGUGGUCCCCAUCGUCACCAUCGGACAUGAUGGGCAGAGCUCGUAUCCUUUCUUACAGACAAAAAUGCUAAACUGCUAAUGUAAGACCUGGACUGGCAUCCAGCUCA